CAAAGUGGGAAAUACAAAAAACUCAAAGAAGUCCCAUUACACCAAUGGAAUCACCAAUCCCCAUCAAGAUUCUUCUCCUCCACCUAUCUCUCUUCUCCGCCGCCCUCCACCACCAUGUAGAUGCAAGUUUCUUGCCGGAAAACACCGCAACACCGCCUCGUUAUGGUUCAUUAGAAGAUUUAGUGGAGGAGUUGUUGGAAUCGGAUAUUUCAAGAAGGUAUUUGGAAGAAAAGAGGUAUAUUUCUACCGGAGCUUUGAAGAGAGAUCAGCCGGCAUGUGGUGGUGGUGGUGGUGGUGAAGCUUAUACAAAAUCCGGCAGCUGUACUCCUCCUCCUUCUAAUCCUUAUAGUAGAGGUUGCUCAAAGUAUUAUAAGUGUAGGAGUUGAAUAUUAAGGUGUUUGGUUUGUGUAAUGUUUUUCCAAGAAAUGGUAUGGUAUAUGUUAAAGGAAUUGGAAUACAAAGAAAUUGUAAUUUGUCUCGUGAUGGAAUUUGAUAAUGAAAAUUUUAUGAUUUUACAAUUUUA